AUGCCGAGCGCUGCCGGCCGCGGCCAAGGCCAGGAACGCCGGCCCGAGAGUGAAGAGUCGUCGCCGGCCGAUGAUUAUGCUAAGGAAAGAUAUGGAGUGUCAUCAAUGAUACAAUCCCAAGAGAAACCAGAUAGAGUUUUGUUUCGAAUAAAAGAUUUGACAGCAGAGAAGGCUGAUGAAGUGGUUUGGGUUCGUGGCAGAAUUCAUACGAGCAGAGCUAAAGGGAAGCAGUGUUUCUUAGUCCUGCGUCAGCAGCAGUUUAAUAUCCAGGCUCUUGUGGCUGUGGGACAGCAUGCAAGCAAGCAGAUGGUAAAGUUUGCUGCCAACAUCAACAAAGAGAGCAUUGUGGAUGUAGAAGGUGUUGUGAGGAAAGCAUAUCAGAAAAUUGGAGGCUGUACUCAGCAAGAUGUUGAACUUCACGUUCAAAGGAUCUAUGUCAUCAGUUUAGCUGAACCCCGACUGCCCUUACAGCUGGAUGAUGCUGUUCGACCAGAAGUGGAAGGAGAGGAGGAUGGAAGAGCUACUGUAAACCAGGAUACAAGGCUGGACAAUAGAGUCAUUGAUCUGAGGACCUCUACUAGUCAGGCAAUCUUCUGCCUUCAGUCUGGUAUUUGUCAGCUUUUCCGAGAAACUCUUAUUCGCAAGGGAUUUGUGGAAAUUCAGACUCCCAAAAUCAUUUCAGCUGCCAGUGAAGGAGGAGCCAAUGUGUUUACUGUAUCGUACUUCAAGAGCAGUGCCUACCUGGCUCAGUCCCCACAGCUGUACAAGCAGAUGUGUAUAUGUGCUGACUUUGAAAAGGUUUUCUGCGUUGGGCCAGUAUUUAGAGCUGAGGACUCCAAUACACACAGACACCUGACUGAGUUUGUUGGUCUGGAUAUUGAAAUGGCUUUUAACUAUCACUAUCAUGAAGUGGUAGAUGAGAUUGCAGAUACUUUGGUGCAGAUAUUCAAGGGACUUCAGGAAAGGUUCCAAACUGAAAUUCAGACAGUGAACAAACAGUUCCCCUGUGAGCCAUUUAAGUUUUUGGAGCCAACUCUGAGGCUGGAAUACCGUGAAGCUGUGGCCAUGCUUAGAGAGGCUGGUGUUGAGAUGGGUGAUGAAGAAGAUCUGAGCACACCUAAUGAAAAGCUCCUGGGACGCCUGGUAAAGGAAAAGUAUGACACAGACUUCUAUAUUCUUGACAAAUAUCCUCUUGCUGUGAGGCCAUUCUAUACAAUGCCUGACCCAUUAAACCCUAAAAACUCUAACUCUUAUGAUAUGUUCAUGAGAGGAGAAGAGAUCUUGUCUGGAGCUCAGAGAAUUCAUGAUCCUCAGCUGCUGACAGAAAGAGCCAAGCAUCAUGGCAUUGAUUUGGAGAAAAUAAAGGCUUACAUUGAUUCCUUCCGUUUUGGUGCACCUCCACAUGCAGGUGGUGGAAUAGGGCUGGAAAGAGUAACCAUGCUGUACCUAGGGCUGCAUAACGUUCGUCAGACCUCCAUGUUCCCGCGGGACCCCAAACGACUGACGCCCUGA